UUCAUUAACAAGCAUGAUUUCCCAUCAACUUAGCAGGUAUAUAAAGCAAUACAAAUCAGCAGAGAAUUUUUAAUUACUUAAUCAGGUGAAGAGCAAUUAAUUUUUCAUUAUACCAGUUUUUGGAGUACACAUUUAAGUAAUAUAAAUACAUACAUAUUAACUUAUUUUUUGGAGAUGGCGUCCUCAAAAACUUCACGCACUAUAGAAAUAAUUAGCUUUCUCAUAGCAAUCGCGUCAUUCGCAGAGGCAUCAAUCAUCAUUCGGUCAAAUCAUACCGGAAGUGACAAGAUGCAGAUGCUUGGAAUAGUCACACCCACACCAGCUAGAUGCUACUGGAAUGAAAACGGAACAUUUGUGCAGAUGGAGGUCACCAGCUGUACUGUUCAAGCUUGUAUUAUGACUGUGGGCUCAACGUACUACAUAUCACCGACUUUUUGGCCAGCACAUAACACGAUCAGUAUGAAAUAUCGACUUCGUUUCAUCUAUGGAAGCGUUUCAUCUAUGGCAACUUACGAUUUUGGUACUAAAACAUAUACCGAUUCAUUCUACGGUGGCAAUUCAUACAAGCUGGUUGAACCUGUCACAAUCCCGGCUGCCUUGCGAGGGAAAACCGGUCAGUUUGAAGUUCGCUACUAUGAUCAGAUAAGCACACAUAUAAAUCGAUGUUUUGCUGGCUUGAUUGAAAAUUAAGGCCUCUCUCCAAACCUUCCAUUAAUAACCUAUGAGUAACAAUUGGCAUUCCUAUAUAAAAUUCCUUGUCCGAAAUUGUGCAACUUACUUGAGAUAAUAAAGAUUCGGCAUUUUUUAGUAAUUUGAA